AUGAAGACAACUGAUGCUUGUGGUUUUUAUACAAUGUUAAAUUUUCUUAUUAAAAUUCUUUGUUUAACAUUAUUGGUAUUUAUUUACUGUGAAUAUCUAAUUUAUUAUUUUGUUUUAUUGGGUUGUUCAUGGCCACAAUUAUCUAAACUCGAACAAGAUUUUACCAUUCAACCACCAAAAGAUGCAAAUAGAAAACCGUUACAUGUUAUGCUAGUUACAGAUACACAUUUAUUUUGUUCUCGGAAAGGUCAUUGGUUAAAUCGUUUUCGUCGUGAAUGGCAAAUCUACCGUUCGUUUCAGUCGGCACAAUUUCUGUUUGAACCUCAUUUAGUUUUCUUUCUUGGUGAUGUAUCUACAGAUGGUGAAUCAUGUUCGGAUCGUGAAUGGAAUGCAACAGUGGACAGAUUUCAAUCUUUAUUUUCGUUAGCAGCUGAUACGCGUCUGUAUGUUCUUCCAGGCAAUCAUGAUAUUGGUUUUCAUCAUGAAGUUACCGAUGGUCAUUUGAAACGUUUCCAACAGUCUUUUAAAACGCCACAUGUUCGUUUGUUAACUAUUAAUGAUGAUCAAAUACAUUUUGUAUUGAUUAACUCGGUAGCAUUUGAAGGCGACCAGUGUCGUUUAUGUGAACGAGCAGAUAACGAAUUAAAUGAAGUGGUCAAUGAACUCAAUCGAACGGGUGCAUGGACUAAACCAAUACUACUAUCACAUUUCCCUCUAUAUCGUAAAUCCGCUGUGAACUGUACUCAACCACCGUUGAGAUCAUUUAAAAGUCUUUCAGGAGAACCACCACUGCGAGAACGUCUGGAUGUUCUUUCACAAGACGCAACUGAACAUCUUCUACAUGUCAUUAAGCCUCGCCUCGCUUUCUCCGGUCAUACUCAUACAUAUUGUUAUACGGAACACCAUACAACAUCUGGUAAAGUCGUGCCAGAAUGGACUAUUCCUUCGUUUUCCUGGCAAAAUCGAGACGAUCCAUCGUUCAUGUUUUUAUCAAUUACAACUAAUAAUCAACGUGUCUCCCAUUGCUAUUUACCGCGUGAAACAACCAUCUUUUGGUCAUAUGCUAUUGGUGCUUUUCUGCUUAUAUUUUAUAUGUUACUUGGAGGUCGGAGACCGUUUUGUUUGUUAACUUGUUGCUUUUUCAGAAAAAAUUUUAAAAUAUAG